CAAUUCAGAAACAUCGACAACAGUGAUGGAGCGCGGCGACUUCUGUAUGGGACCAGGCUCGCUCAUGGGCACGGCUGGGUUCAAAUGGGCAGGACGUGACCCGAUGGACGACUGCUCUAUGCUGUGGCUCGAAGGCUGGGGACUGACAAGCUUUUCACGCGCCGUUCUGGCGUGUCUGUUCGUCUUCCUGCUUGCCGCGUUGUCCCAGUACUUGACGACGGCGAACGGCUGCCAGCUGCAGCAGUCGAAGGACUUCGCCAAGCGCCGCCUCGCCGCAGCCUUGGCGCAGAGAAGCAGAGGCUCGAGCUUCUACGAUCCAGAGCUUGGAACUGGCUGCGAUAAGAGCAGCAAGACAUGCAAACACGCCCAAGCGGCGGAAGAGUCGGCAGUGCAUCCUGAGAGACCGGAGCUACUGCAGGCUCUGGAGGCCAAGGCCGUGACGCGGUCAACGACAGAGCGCGCGCACCCAACGUCAGCCUCGUUGACGUUGAGGUGGACACCGACAACGUCCGUGAAGGUCGGCAACUGGGCGCACCUGUGUGACUCGCUGAUGCGCGGCGUAAGGAUUCUGCUCGCGUACCUGCUCAUGCUGGUAGUCAUGACUUACGACCUGACGCUCAUUUCCAGUAUCGUUGUGGGCUUCGUGGUCAGUUUCUUCGUGUUCGGCAAAGACACGGCCAAGGUGCCCGUGUCGGCCGACCCGUGUUGCUCUUAA